CCCAAGUUUUUCAAACUUUCACAACUCCUUCAAUUCACAACAACUCUUUUCAUCACUGUCUCUACAACCUCUUCUUAUCGGAUCUAACACAAGACAUGGACGAGAUUGAUGUUCCUUCGUUCUUUGUUUGCCCCAUUUCGUUAGAAAUCAUGAAGGAUCCGGUGACUGUCUCCACGGGUAUAACCUACGACCGUGAAAGCAUCGAGACGUGGCUAUUUUCUAAGAAAAACAAGACAUGUCCUGUCACCAAACAACCCUUGUUAGAUUACAAUGAUCUCACUCCUAACCACACCCUUCGGAGACUGAUUCAAGCAUGGUGUACCAUGAACGCUUCUCACGGCAUCGAAAGGAUUCCAACUCCUAAGCCUCCCGUAAACAAAAACCAGAUUUCAAAGCUCCUCAAAGACGCUUCUCAUUCACCUUCGAUGCAGAUUAAGUGCCUCCGAAAGCUUAAAUCCAUCGCUUCCGGAAGUGAAACAAACAAACGUUGCAUGGAAGCAUCGGGUGCUGUUGAAUUCUUAGCAUCAAUUGUAGUGAACAACAUCGAUUCUUCAAAUUUACCCGGGCUAGAGUCCAACCCAGAUGAUGGAUUCGAGUUGAAAACAAGCGCAAGCGAUGAAGCCUUAAGCUUGCUAUAUAAUCUUCAUUUAUCUGAACCUGGGUUGAAGACUCUCCUAGCCUUCAAAAACGGGGAGUUUAUAGAUUCCUUAACAAGAGUAUUGCAAAAGGGGUUCUUCGAAUCACGAGCUUAUGCAGUGUUCUUGUUGAAAUCUAUGUCUGAAGUGGCUGAACCAGUGCAACUAUUGCAUCUCAGAACUGAACUCUUCGUGGAAUUAGUGCAAGUUUUGAAGGAUCAGAUUUCACAGAAGACAUCAAAAGCGACACUCCAUACACUGAUUCAAUUCUGCCCAUGGGGGAGAAACAGGAUCAAAGCGGUGGAAGCAGGAACGGUUCCUGUUUUGAUAGAACUUCUUCUUGAUUGUAAGGAGAGAAAGCCAUGUGAAAUGAUGCUAGUGUUGUUGGAUGUGCUGUGCCAGUGUGCUGAGGGACGAGCUGAGCUGUUGAGCCAUGGAGCAGGACUUGCCAUAGUGUCGAAGAAGAUUCUAAGAGUUUCUACACUGGUAAAUGAUAGAGCUGUUAGGAUUCUUUUGUCUAUUUCCAAGUUCUCUGCGACUCCACAAGUUGUUCAGGAAAUGCUGAAACUGGGUGUGGUGGCGAAACUGUGCUUGGUGCUUCAGGUAGAGAGUGGGAGCAAGGCCAAGGAGAAGGCAAGGGAGAUACUCAAAAUGCAUACUCGAUCAUGGAGAGAUUCUCCAUGCAUACCCAGCAAUUUGCUCUCUUCAUACCCAGCUUAUGUGUGAAGUUAUGAGAAUUUUUUACCUACUUCUCUUAGAAACUUUUCCUUUGUAUAGAAUUAUUUGGAAAGGACAAUUAGUGAUAAGUUAUGGAUAUGGGCAUCAACUAUUGCACCCAAAUGGGUUGGAUAAUGAUUUAGGUUUUGACGGGUAUUUGUUGACAAUUUGGUACAUUAUGAAAUGGAUUAUUGAGACACAGGUUUUUUUUAUCUUCUUGUAAUCUGACACAACAGGAUAAUUAAUCAUACCGAUU